UAAUAACAACAAAAAUAAUAAAAUGAUAAUACUAAUAGCAAUAAUUAUGAUAAACAGUAAUAAUAUUUGUUAUAAUACUAAUAUCGAUACUAUCAUUAUUCCUCCCAACGGUUUACUGCCUCAUCGUGACUGGGAGGUGUUCCUGGGUGUCGAACUGCGAUGUACAGCAGGGGAUUCAUCCGCUCGCAGGGUCUCCCAAGCUGAGAAGGAGUCCGGCGUUUCCAACAGGAAACCUAGCUAAGAGUAAACCAAUACCAGGAUCCACCACCGUCCUGGUAUCAAAGUUACAUGGUGGCAAAUCUCCCUCUGAUCCACAAGGGCUGCUACUGCCCAUGAUAAUUCAGAUGCUGUUCUUCUUCGGUUUCGUCAUAUUUUGUCUAUUCUACUUUCUUGUCUACCCCAAUCUACAUAUGGUAACCAUCGAUCCCACAUGCGAUAAGAAUGAAGCUGAAUGGUUUGCCGAAAUCAUUUAA